UGUAUUGCAUGCUGCGGAUCCGGCCACUGCUGGACCCAAUGGGCCGUCCCGUGCUUUUGUUUCCCCUCCCGGUGCCAAGGCUUGUUCUUUCAAUUUCAAGCAUCCGUGGUAUUAUCAAGCCAAGCCAUGUGAGAGUGCUGCAGAUAAGGUUCUGGAUUGACAGCCAAUCAUAGGCUCCACUCCACUUGAACCAAGAACAAGCUAUACGUACGUACGAGCAAGAGCAAUCCAAGCAUCCGUUGCGUCUGCACUGCAGAGGCCGUAGCUCGCUAGGAGGAUCAGCGAUGCCUUCCCCUACGCCGCCUCCGAUGUCCACGCCGCACAAGUCCUGCUCGUCGCCGUCGCCGCCACCGCCAAAGCUGCAGCGUGCUCCGGACAUCCGGCACAGGCCUAUCUGUAGAGCAGGCGGCGGAGCCUGCAGGCUGCCGAUCACCAGGAGAGCUCACGCCGCAUCCCUCCUCCUCCUCGGCCUCGCGCCGGCGCCGGCGCCGGUCAGGGCGGAGGAGGAUGGGAGCGGCGGCGAGGAGGGCGUCCUCGGCGCCAUCAAGUCCAUCUUCGACCCCAACGAGAAGACCAAGGCCGGCAAGACGCUGCCCAAGGCGUACCUCAAGGCGGCCAGGGAGGUGGUGCGCACGCUCCGCGAGUCGCUGGAGGAGGACGACGGCGGGGACAUGGCCAGGUUCCGGCGGAACGCCGACGCCGCCAAGGAGUCUAUCAGGGAGUUCCUGGGCGGAUGGAGAGGCCAGCAGACCGUCGCCGCCGAGGAGUCGUACGUCGCGUUGGAGAAGGCGAUCAGGUCACUGGCGGAGUUCUACUCCAAGGCAGGGCCAUUCGCGCCGCUUCCACAGGACGUCAAGAACAAGAUCCUCGAUGAUCUCAGCGCCGCAGACGCCUGCCUGUAGAUUUUGCUUCUCCAGGGGCAUUGUAUUGCAUGCACAUCUCAACCAUGAUGAUUUCGUUCA